AUGGCGGCUGCAGCUCAACCAACUAUCUUUCGGUCCGACAAUUUCGUGUACGACACUCAAAGAGACUGGCUUGGUUCAGGUGCCUUUGGCGACGUCUAUAGAUGUCGUUUGAGAGAUUCCGGUGAGCAAGUCGCUCUAAAGAUCAUCGCGACGCCGAAAAGACUGAAACCUAGUGAGGAGGUUACCUUUCUGCACGAAGUAAGCAUUCUUCGUCUAUUGACAGAAUGUCCUCACGUCAUUCGACUAGUGGGUGUAUGCCUUGAUCAUGGCAAUUACGCGAUUGUAAUGGAAUAUGUGGAAAAUGGAGAUUUGGAGGAAAUGUUGAUGUCAGAGACAGGUGAACAUCGUGAAGUUAUUGGACAAUGGAGCUGUCGGCUGAAGAUGAGUUUGGAAAUUGCUAAAGGCAUGAACUUCUUACACAGUCUCAACCCUCCAGUUAUACAUCGAGACUUGAAGACAUCCAACGUGCUAGUUGACCACAAUUACUCCUGCAAGGUGAGUAUCCAUGAAAGAUUAUGUUGUGCAGAGUCAUCAUUGUCUUUGUUGACAGAUUAUCGACUUUGGAUUGUCAACAACAAGAGAAAUUUCUAG